CGAGCACCUCAUUGACCUCUACAAAGCCUGGAUCUUCGCGUGCUAAAUCAGUAUCUGUAUCCGGGGAGGGUCGAAUCCUACAAAUACUCAUGUAACCCCGCGCUCCUCCCCUUGGAGGUAACCUUGGGUGAUCCGGGUUGAUUCGGGGCAGACCGCUCGGCACGGACGGUCCGGACAUCUCGGUGUUAUUUCACUCUCAAGUCUCUCUGUCUCAAGAUGGCGACGUUCGCCAACUCAUACUACAAACGAGCACUCCCAAACCUUGCUUCGUCUGCUACAAACCGACCCCAACUGUUCUUGCCACGAUCAACACCGUCGAUUUUUUCUACAUCUGUCCGGUCCAUCUCUCGGAUCCCGGGUUUGCGAGCCCGUUGAAGAGCCCCGAUGCUACACCGAAGCCAGAAGUCAGCCAAGAGGAUGUCGGGAAGGCUAUAGCGAACUGGGAAGAUCGACAGAAACGGAAAGCAGCCAAGGAGAAGGAGGAGAAAGAGAAGAACCAGGAGAAGGACAAGGACAAGGGGAAGGAGGGCGAUAGCAACGAGAAGGACAAAGGCAAAGCUAAAGGCGACGAUUCUAAAUCUCCGACCCCCACGCUCCCUGGUUCAUUCACCCCGAAGCCCGCAACGCAAGGGCCCACGCACGAGAAGUUUGUGUUGCACAGAGACAUAUUUUCCAGUCAGGACUGGAGAGCACCGCAAACGAAGGCAGACCGCUCAGGCCAAGGAUCUUGCCCCCCGCUUACCAGGUGCGCCGAGAGGGGAUUUGUAAAUGGGGUUCACAGACGAUCUCAUAUAUUACUGGUUGUAUGACUAUUCGCAAAUUGAGUAGCAGUUUGUGACCGGAAACAUUGGAAUGAGAACGUUCAAGAUGCGCAGACCCUACAUUGAGAUAACGCGAGGCUAGUCCUCCAUCAAAUAAUCACUCCAAAAUCUUGCCUUCUUUGGGACCUGCCAGCGCGUUCGCCCACCCUUCGCUCCGGCUACAGGCAGAUUUCUUGGCCUCUUUUUGGUCUGCCCUCGCACAUCCCGUUAUCAGCACAGUGCUGGAAUCGGAUCUUGGGUUGCUGGAAGUUUGUGCACAGCCGCGGCAAAAUCAAUGCAUAAAAAUUCGUUCGUUCAACAACCUGCGUACCCUCCACCGCUGCCUCCAGGACCGCCUCCGCCUCAGCCUGUCCAAGGUCAACCGGACUACAACUCAUACUGGAACGCGUCUCAGCAGCAACAAGCGCCCGCGCCAUCCAUCGGUACCUUCAAUCAGCAAUGGACUGCUGCCCAGCCAGCGCGACCUCCAGCUGAGCAGAGCGCUCUGUACGCCAACUACGGUUACGGGAACCAGGGAAAUCACUGGCGCCAGCAACCACCGCCGCAGCAGCAGCAUUAUGUUCCAGCUCAACCGCCCCCGCCGCAACCAGGAUACAAUCCAUAUCAGCCUACCGCCGGCUACGCCCAGCCUUAUGUGCCUCAAGUACCCGUCCCAUACGUACAGCCGCCGCCGCAGACGCCCCAGCAACUCCAGCAGUUCUUCCCGCACCCCGCGCCGCAUAUGGGCCAGAUGCAAAACAUGAUGCUCCAGCAGCAGCAGCAGCAACAGCAGCAGCAGCAGCAGCAGCAGCAGCAGCAGCAGCAGCAGCAACAGCAACAGCAACAGCAACAGCAACAGCGGCAUCUUCACCAUACGCCGCCCCAGCACAUGCCGCCGGCGAAGCGGCAGCGAUUCGAUGGCCCGAUGCACAACCGGCCGCCACCCGUCCAGCCACAGUUUCAAGCGGCUCCAGUGGUGGGAGCAAUGCAGCCCGGUCAAUUUGCUGGUCGAGGUGGCGGCGCCAUUGGGAAUCACGUCCCGAUGGGUAUGCGAGGUGGAGGACCCGGAAUCGUUCGAGGAGGUGGUGGAGGCACAGGGCCGAUGGGUCGCGGAAGAGGCAAUGGGGUGAUGAGUGGUGGGAAUCGGGGAGGCAUGCCUGGCAGGGGUGGAAAUCGAGGUGGUGGAAGCUUCGGUGGGAACAAUCAAGGUCGAGGCGGCGUCAAUUCCGGCGGGCCGCUCAGGGGACAUGGCGGCUCUCGGGGUGAUUUUGGCGGCAACAAAGACUUCCAUAACCGCAGAGGUGGUUCCUUCGCGUCGGGUGGCGGCUCGUUCCAAAGCAACUUGGGUUCCUUCCGGGGUCGCGGCCACGGCAACCUAAAUCGGGGACGGAACAAUGGCACCUCCUUUGGAACGCGGGACGGAUCGAAUACGAGUUUUAACUCUGGUAAGAAGGACGAGAACCGUCGCACGCUCACGGACUUUAAGAUCGUCGGACUCGAAAUACGUGAGCUGGACUGGUCCUGGGGUGUGGUCCCACCAGCAGAUCCCCCAGAGAAGACUGCGGCGGCUGAGGAUGCUUCUGUUCCUCCUGUUGUCAAAACAGAGUCUGAGCCUGGAGACGAUGUCGUCGAGGCCGUGCCAAUGGCAGAUGGGACAGACUCGAAACCUCUUUCUUCAGAUGCUCUGACCGCGAAAGCGUCGGCAUCGGACCUGGGUCCACCGCCCUCGCGAAUGCGCAUUUACUUUCACACUCCGGUCACUGCAGUGGAUUCACAUCCCAUUCGGGACGGGGGGUCUUUUUCUAUGGGCACUUCUCCCUCAGACUCCCGGAAGGGGAAGAGAAAGAAGAUAGAGUCUGACGAUGGAGACUUUGAAGAGGGCCGAGCCCCUCCUCCCCCUCCUGGUUUGAAUGAUGAUCGGGGCAGUGUAGCGCCCAGUGUUGCAGAGACAUCGAGCGAGGGCGACUGGCUGAUGGCUGCUAUCGUCGAUGGUGAAAGUGAAUCGCAUGUGCAGGACGAAGAGCACGAAGACAAUGCAGACGCUGAGCAUCAGGUUAUGUCAGAGCAUCAUGAUGAUGUUCAGCCUCCCGAUGUUCAGCCUGGCGAUGAUCCUCAUGACGAUGUUUCCUCUCAGGGCAAUGUCCGGCAGGAGAAUCCCCAUGAGUCAAGGACGGAGAACACGGCCGAGAAGCAGAUCGAUGGCUCUUUGGCCACCGAAUCGCAACUUGAAAGCAGCGAUGUUCCUGUGGAUCAUGUGCCUGCUUCACCUGCCACCGGCUUUUCUGCUCCUGUCUCUGAGCCGCCGUCUGCUGUGGAUAUUCUGUUUGACUCUGCUCCUUCCUCUGUCCAAGACCAUGUCAUGUCGUCGCCCAAGGCGCUUGAGCAUACGAAAGAACUGCGCUCGGCUACUCCUCCCAUUUCCCCAGAAAAGCCACCUGACGAGCUUCUCUCUGCCUCUGCAACUUUGCUCAAUAUUGAUGAUCAGCUAUCUGAUGGGCAGGAUAUUCGUGGAGAGGCCACAAUUCUGAUGGGUGAUCCUACACUGGAGGACGAGUUCCAGGAUUACGAUGGCACACAUGUUGAUGAGCCUCCGCCUUCAGUGGCUGAUUCGACGACAUCGUUUGCAGAGGCAGUGAAGCCAGAAGUCAAGGACAACAAAGUUCCUGCUGCUAAUCGUUUGUCCAUCUCUUACGAGGGCGGGAACUAUCGCCUCGUUUUCGAUGCUGCUAUCAUUGAGUCCAUGACUUUGUAUCGUCGAGAAGCUCGAGCCGAAGUCCAUAUCAAUUUGACUGACGAGGAGUCCGGCCUCAAGGGCGUCUUGAUGGAAAGUCUUUCUGAGGCCACCAAGUCGUACAACCCGACUGAUCCGACCGCUGGCUCUGCUCACUUUCCGCCGUUCUUGCAAAUAACCAGACCUCAAACUAUCACAUUAUUCGUUUAUCUUGACACCAACCGUCCCUUGUCAGAGCCCAAAUGGGCCAGGACGGGUGAUAUACCUGAAUGGCUGAAGAGUCUCUUCGGCCGAAUGUUCUGGUUUGCGGGUGAUUCGACUGAGAGCUGGGAGAAGAAAAUCAUCGUCUCCGAUCCUGACCCACCCCCCACUCUCGCAACAGUCCUCGAAGCAUGGUCCAACGCAUCUGGCGCCGGCUCAUUGACUGAACGUCAACGCUUCUUGAAGACACAUCUUUCCAAAAUCGACAAUGUUGUCGAGAUCUUGCUUCGCCUUAUCCGCAACAAUCAAGGUCCCUAUUCUCAGCAUGCGCCGUUCGCUGCUCCGCUGCUGGCCGCUAUCUCGCCGGAAUCGGUCCAUGGCUCUCAUCAGAUACCGAUUUCACUGGCGGUUCUGGCGAUCUUCCGCAUCUCGAUGGAAUAUGCAAUCAAGGCAGACGGAGACAAAGGCAAGGCAGAUGUCGAAGAACGGGUUGGCGAGAUCAUCCGCUGUCUGCCUCCGAACCAGAUGCACAAAAGUUUGGACGCUAUCUUCAAGGAGUGGAAGUCCGACAAGAGAAGCCGAUGAUAUCUGACGCACUUACUGUACGCACAUAGUCAAGUAAUGCUAGACACGCGCCUGGCAAUAGCAUGAAAUUACACGCCAGUCCUUGGACAUCAGCCGCGUAAGUAACACAAGUGUGACAGUCACGCUACUCGACGCGUCAGCCCAAUAACACGAUCUUCCUUUACUUCGAUCCACCAUGUUCAGGAAUACCUACGACUCCGACAAUACCGUGUUCUCCCCCCAAGGCCGAUUGCAUCAAGUGGAAUAUGCACUGGAAGCCGUGAAGCAGGGUUCCGCCGCUGUUGGUCUGCGAUCCAAGACGCACUCGAUCUUGCUGGCACUCAAGCGUUCGUCUGGGGAGCUCGCGUCCUACCAACAGAAGAUGUUCCGGAUAGAUGAUCAUGUCGGGAUUGCGAUUGCUGGACUUACCUCGGAUGCGCGUGUGUUGAGCAACUUCAUGCGGCAGCAAGCUAUGUCCUCGAAAAUGGUCUUCAACCGACCGGUGCCUGUAAACAGACUCGUUGCCUCCAUUGCCGAUAAGGCGCAGGUCAACACGCAGGAAUACGGAAGACGACCGUACGGUGUGGGUUUCUUGGUCAUUGGCCAGGACCAGUCCGGGCCGCACCUCUAUGAGUUCUCGCCAUCGGGAAACUCCUACGAGUACUACGCCAUGUCCAUCGGUGCGCGAAGCCAGAGUGCCAAGACAUAUCUCGAAAAGCACUUCAAAGAGUUCGAAGAUUGCACAUUGGAGCAACUGAUCCGACACGGCCUGCACGCUCUACGCGAAACGCUGCAGCAAGAUAAAGAACUGAAUGUCAACAACACUUCCAUCGGAAUCGUUGGUCCUGGAGGCGCUCACGAGAAAAGCGUGACACCAGCAGGGCCUUUCCGGAUCGUUGAAGGUGACGAUGUGGAAGUUUACUUGCAGAGCAUGGUACCGAAGGAGACGCCAACCGAUGCUGCGCCUGCGCCUGCCGCGACUGCAUCUGCCGACGAGGAUGUCCAGAUGGAGGGAUAGUUUGAUUAUACGCGGGGAAUACAAA